AAAAUCCAUGCUAACUCUGCUAUAGUUGUCUGGUCUAUCUUAAGAUUUCAAAUGUAAACACUAACCAAUACGUUUCAUACUGAAUUUGUUCCUUCAAAGUAAGGGCCCAUAUUCAAAUUCCUUAUAUAUAAUCUCCACCACCAUUUCAUUUGAUGGAAUUACCACCAAAACCACCAUUAGAACAACCUAUAUAGAACAAGAAACACCAUUUGCAACUUCUUUGUACCUUCUCUUAGAAAUACAUAAAUGUCUCCAAAUGCAUAUAUCAGAAAAUCUUCUGUCUGCCACUAGCAAGACUCUUCCAUCUUCUUUCCUUCCAUUUCUUCACAGGCUUUAUUUGUUGAGACAUAGUGGAGGAUUUCCCCUCCACGUUUUUACCACUCAUUUAUAAACUUAAUUUGUCAUUAGAUUAGACGCAUAAGCUUCUUGUUUAUUCCUUUAUUUCAGCUUUACAAGGAAAAGACAUGAAAAAGUUUAUUUGAAAGUCUGGCUAUAAAUAUGGCCAAGUCCAUAGGUUUCUACCUCAUGAAGUGAAAAACUUAACUACUAUACCUCUUUUGAAGCUUUGAGGAUUCAAUUUCUAAACUCAUAACAUGUCAUUUUCCGGUCUCAAAAACUUCUUCCAGAGGUUCUGGUUGGACGAAAUGGAAAUGGGAAGUUAUACACAUAGCAGCUUUUUGUCUAGUGAUCUUCUACCAUCUCUUGGCGCCCGAACAAACCAGGAAACUAGACUACGAAAAUACAUAAUCUCCCCAUUCAAUCCUCAGUAUAGGCUUUGGGAGUUGUUACUGAUUGUUCUAGUCAUAUACUCAGCUUGGAUAUGCCCCUUUGAGUUUGCCUUUCUGACGUAUAAGCAAAAUGGACUAUUCAUCAUAGACAACAUUGUCAAUGGCUUCUUCGCCAUCGACAUCGUGCUUACAUUCUUCGUUGCAUACCACGAUAGUCAUUCUUCUCUUCUCAUUGAUGAUCCAAAGAAAAUUGCAACCAGUUACAUGUCCACCUGGUUUGUUUUGGAUAUCUGCUCAACAGCACCACUUGAGCCCAUUAGUCUCCUCUUCACUACUUAUGACAGUGAGCUUGGUUUCAAACUUCUUAACAUGUUGCGAUUAUGGCGCCUGAGACGAGUCAGUUCUCUGUUUGCAAGACUCGAAAAGGACAUUCGCUUCAAUUACUUCUGGGUUAGGUGUACAAAGCUCACUGCUGUAACCUUGUUUGCAGUGCACUGUGCAGGAUGCUUUAACUAUCUAAUUGCAGAUAUGUACCCUGAUUCCAAAAGAACUUGGAUAGGUGCUAUGUACCCAAAUUUUAAAGAACAAAGCCUUUGGGACAGAUACGUAACUUCAAUAUACUGGUCUAUCGUCACGCUUACUACCACUGGCUAUGGAGAUUUACAUGCAGAGAACACCAUAGAGAUGUUGUUUGAUAUCACUUACAUGCUAUUCAACUUGGGUUUAACAGCAUACAUCAUUGGAAACAUGACUAACCUUGUAGUUCACUGGACCAGCCGCACCCAAAAUUUUGAUUCAUUUUGGUCACAGAGGGAUACAGUCAAAGCAGCUUCUGAGUUUGCUUCAAGAAAUCAUCUGCCACGUCGCGUACACAAUCAAAUGUUGGCACACAUUUGUUUGAGGUUUAAAACAGAAGGACUGAAGCAGCAAGAAGCAUUAAAUGAUCUUCCAAAGGCGAUUCGGUCAAGCAUCGCACACCAUCUCUUUUUUCCUGUUGUGCAGAAGGUCUACCUCUUCCAAGGAGUCUCCAAUGACUUCCUUUUCCAACUGGUUUCAGAAAUGGAAGCUGAGUAUUUCCCACCAAAAGAAGAUGUGAUACUGCAAAAUGAAUCUCCUACAGACCUUUAUGUACUGGUUUCAGGCGCAGUGAAUCUCGUUCACUGCAUCGAUGGGAAUGAUCAAGUGGUUUUUGACAAAGCAACAGCAGUAGAAGCAUUUGGAGAGAUUGGAGUUUUAUAUCAUGUACCACAGCCUUUCACAGUUCGAACCACGGAGCUUUCUCAGAUUUUAAGAAUCAACAGAACAUCCCUAAUGAAUGUUUUACAGGCAAAUCCAGGAGAUGCACAGAUUGUGAUGAAUAACCUUUUAAUGAGAUUAAAGGAGCGUGAAGGAUUUGACUCUGAAUAUCCACACACAGAUCAUGGAUUGGUUCUAUAUAAAUUGCUAGGUAACACAAAAGAAAGCUCUUCUCAAGAGUCUACAAAUAAUUUACAUGGCCAUUCCUUAAUGCAUGAAGGAGAGAACAUAAAUAUCAGAGACUCACAGAAUAAUUUGCAUAUUGUGACUAAUGAUGUUUCAGUCCCUAAUAACAUGAUACCUGAGGAUGGCAAAAGAGAUCUCCAUGCCGCUGUGCUGCCUGUACAUAAGGGGAAACUAGACAUUGUUGAAAUUCUGAUUGAAAGAGAUGCAAAAUCAAAGAACCCAAAUACCAUAGGGUGGACACAAAAAGCUUUAGUACAACAGCUAAAAAACAAAAGCAUUUCUGACCAUACAAUGUAUUAUGAAAGCGAGAAGAAAUCAGACGAACAUAGAAUAGAGAUUGUUGAGCCACAAAUCCUUAACUUUGGCAAGAAUGGCUCAACCAGAAACAGUAGACAGGAUGGUAUUAGAACUAUCAACUUCCCAUUAGAGAAAGUGUACACAGACACCAAUUCAAGAAAUUCCAAUAGUCCAAGUGACAGAGAAAUGGCAAGGUUCAUCAAGAAGAGGGUAACAAUCCAUUCGCCAAGUGGAUGGAGAAGUAGCUCACAUGGACAACAAGGAAAACUGAUAAUCCUACCUGAUUCAUUAGAAGAGCUGCUCAAAAUUGCUGGUGAAAAAUUUGGCGGCUUCAACGCCACAAAAGUAAUUAAUAAAGAGAAUGCAGAGAUAGACGACAUUGAUGUCAUUAGAGAUGGUGAUCAUCUCUUUCUUCUUGGCAGUGAUAGUGACAAUUUGAACUCAUGAUGUUAACAAUGUAGAUAGGAAGAUAAGUAGAACAUUUAGGAACUUGAUGACAAUAGUAUAAUAACUUUUGAAAAUGCCAAGAAUCCAGCAAGAUAUUGAAAAAUCAUAGAGUUUAAUUACAAAAGCUGCUCUUGGUUUAUGAUUGUUGAAACAAAAUUUACAGUCUCACCAAGAAGCCUGGUUGUAAAUCCAAGAAAAAAAAA